UUCACUCUGCCGAUUUCAACCAUCACCAGUUUAAGACUUCAUCUUUAAAGACAGCUGAUUUUUUGUCUUUCAGUUUCUCGAGAAAGUUACGCAGAAAAGAAACUAUCCUACCAGCACCUUUGUUAUCAGGAGAGCGAACUUGUUAAAGUUCAUUUCGUUUUGUUGUCAAGUUUAGAUGGGUUUUGCUCUUUAUGAAUCGCAUACCUCGAUUUUUCACUCCUAGGGAGAAAACCACGGCCGACAGGGCCAUGGACCCAAGGAAGACGAGGCGAAAACCUCGGCUCGAGCGGCGCAAUGCGGCCAAGAACUUUGAGUAUGACGCCUCGUCAACUUCAUCAUCGCUCGAUGAUUCGUCAUCUUCACCUUCGCUAAUCACGCGAUCGCUCGACUUGUCGGAUCGGACGAGCUUCCGUAUCGAAGGGGUAGAUGGAGAGUUCGAGCGGAUUUGUCGGAGCUUAGGCUUGUCCGGUCCCGAAGAUUUCGCGAUCCCAACGGCGGCGUGGGAGUCGAGAAAAAUCAGGUCGUCUUCGGAUGUUUUACCGAGGUCAAGAUUACACCAGUUGGAGAGUCCGAAAGAAACGGAGGAGAGACAGAGUGAAGAGGUUGUGGUCAGUGAGUUGAGUGAUAGGGUUUUGGAUAGUGUUAGAAUUAGGGACGAAGCAGAGUUGACUCGGAACGAGUCGGCUGAGUUAAGAGCUCUGCCAGCUGAAUGUCCUUGUGACACUACUGUCGGUGGUGUAAUUAAGGAGGACACGGACUUGACUCGGACCGAGUUGGCCGAGUCAAGUCCGCGCUGUAUUGGUACUGGUAAUAAUCAUACCGGAGGAAUCAAAGGGGUUAGGCCUCCGUUAUUGAAACCGCCGCCAGCAAUGACGUUACCUGUGAUCGAUAACGCGUGUUCCACGUGGGACAUCUUGAAAGCUUUUGCACCUAAAGAUGAUACAACGCAUCCAGUUUUGGAUGAUAGUGUUUUUUCUUCAUCUGAUGAAGAAGGUGAGGAAGAACACGAAAGAAAAGUUGAGAGGGAAAUUGUUAAGAGAGAUGAGGAGAUUGGGUUGUCGGAAAGUUGUUCAUUCACGACUUCGAAUGAUGAUGACUCUUCAAGUACUACUACUGAGCCCACAACUAUUUCCCCCAAUGGGCGGUUUAAAAGGACUAUUACGUAUUGGGAGAAGGGUGAGCUUCUGGGACGUGGGACGUUUGGAUCGGUGUACGAAGGGAUUUCUGACGAUGGAUUCUUUUUUGCUGUUAAGGAAGUUUCAUUACUUGACCAAGGAAGCCAGGGUAAGCAAAGCAUUUACCAACUUGAGCAGGAAAUAGCUCUUUUAAGUCAGUUCGAGCAUGAAAACAUUGUUCAAUAUUAUGGCACAGAUAAGGAUGAAUCAAAACUAUAUAUCUUUCUCGAGCUUGUAACUAAAGGUUCCCUUUUAAAACUCUAUUUGAGGUAUCAUCUUCGAGAUUCCCAGGUCUCUGCUUAUACAAGACAGAUUCUGCAAGGUUUGAAGUAUCUCCAUGACCGAAAUGUGGUUCACAGGGAUGUUAAAUGUGCAAAUAUAUUGGUGGAUGCAAGUGGAUAUGUGAAACUUGCUGAUUUUGGAUUGGCAAAGGCCACCAAAUUGAAUGAUGUUAAAUCUUGCAAGGGAACUGCAUUCUGGAUGGCCCCUGAGGUUGUUAAUAAUAAGAACCAAGGAUAUGGGCUUCCGGCUGAUAUAUGGAGCCUUGGGUGCACUGUGUUGGAGAUGUUAACCCGUCAGCUUCCCUAUCAUCCUUUAGAAUGUAUGCAAGCAUUGUUUAGGAUUGGGAGGGGUUUACCACCCCCUAUUCCAGAUAUUCUCUCAACAGAAGCACGGGAUUUUGUGGCCCAAUGCCUACGAGUUAACGCAAAUGAUCGUCCAACUGCUGCUCAGCUCCUAGAGCAUCCAUUUGUCAAGAGGCGACUUUCCACAUCCUCAGGCUCAGCAUCUCCCUAUAUAGGCAGGCGACAUUGAAACAUUGAAGGACAACGAGGUAUAUAUCACUUCUAUUUUUCAGCAUUUUCCUAUUGCUGUGCUUUCCUUGACAGUGGAAAUAAGAGAAAGCAAAGUAGAUGUGAACGCUUCCAUGCUGGGGUGGGGGUGCCCCAGUUUCCACAAGGAGUUGUGCAUAUUUCUUUAACUCUGUAAAAAUUAAUGUAUGAUGUAACUGUGGCGAUGAUAAAUGUGUGAUAUUUAUGAGUUAAAGGAGGCCAAUUGGUAUCAUUCUUGGGGCAGGAUUCUCCAAGUAAUUUUUACAGUCUA